GAGAACUUCUGCAUUCUGGAUGAGCAGAGGUUUGCCAAGGAGCUGCUCCCCAAGUACUUCAAACACAACAAUAUCUCCAGCUUCAUACGACAGCUUAACAUGUAUGGUUUCAGGAAGGUGAUUGCUCUGGAGAAUGGUAUGAUUACAGCAGAGAAAAACUCAGUCAUUGAGUUCCAGCACCCUUUCUUCAAGCAAGGGAAGGCACAUUUACUGGAAAACAUCAAGCGCAAGGUAUCUGCAGUAAGAACUGAGGAUCUCAAGGUCUGUACGGAGGAUUUGCACAAAGUACUCUCUGAAGUCCAGGAAAUGAGAGAGCAGCAGAACAACAUGGAUGUCAGACUGGCUAACAUGAAGAGAGAAAAUAAGGCCCUGUGGAAAGAAGUGGCAGUUCUAAGGCAGAAGCACAGUCAACAACAGAAGCUGCUGUCUAAGAUUCUUCAAUUUAUACUGAGUUUGAUGCGAGGAAAUUAUAUUGUUGGGGUCAAAAGAAAAAGGUCGCUAACGGAUGCUGCAGGUGCUUCACCUUCCAAAUACAGUCGUCAGUAUGUUCGCAUACCUGUGGAGAGUGGCCAAGCAAUGGCUUUUUCUGAACACAAUGCAGAUGAUGAGGAUGGAAAUGGUACAGGUCUCAUCAUUCGAGAUAUCACUGAUACCCUGGAAAACGCCACCGAUGGUCUCCUUGCUGUGGCACACACAAGUGGCAAAGCCAGAGAGACACAGGCAGCUUUGGAUCCUGGCUUACCUAUUUGUCAAGUAUCGCAGCCAAAUGAGUUAAAUUGUGCAGAACCUAUCCCACCAGUUCAUGUAAACGAUGUCAACAAAUCCAGUGAAACAGGCAAUGUUGCUGUGGAACUCCAUUCUGCACAGCCUAAUGCUCUGGAAGACCCCGUGUCAGUGAUUGACUCCAUCUUGAAUGAGAACAACUCUGGAAGCCAAAAUGAUCCUUUACUGGACAGAGAAGAAAUUCAGGAUUUUCUUAAUUGCAUUGAUGCCAGCCUUGAAGAGCUUCAAGCAAUGUUAUCUGGGAAGCAGUAUAACUUUGGUUCUGAAGCUUUCAGUGAUACACUUAAUCCUGAGCUGCCAGCCCUGGAUAUGAGCGUGAUGGAAACUUCCCCUGGGAUGGAAAAUAUUGCAAACUUGGCAGAGAGCACUGAAGAUCUGGGAGCGAGUGAGAGAGAAACAGCAGGAAGCAAAGAUAUGCAGCUGAUACAGUACAGGGCCAAUCCUCUGCUUUCGUUGUUUGAAGAACUACCUUCAAGUGAAGCUGCAGGGAAGAUAGAGGAUCCGAAAGACCUUCUACUGCCGCCCUUGGAGGAGAAACCGGCCCUUCAUCCUCCGUCAGGUACUGAAACUGUCCUGCCGCUAGCAGCUCCAGCGAGCCAGGCUGAGUCUCUGGAUGCUCUGGGAAUGGGUGAUCCACCUCUCCUCUCAGAAGACGGGAAUGGAGAGUAUAAACUGUUCCCACUUUUGCUCCUCAGUCCUGUUGCUAACUUCAUAGAAGAGGCCUCUGAGAUAGAAACUUCUUGA